UCAAUCUCAACCUCCCGUGACUACAAUGGCUUCAGAAUCAGGCCCUGCUGUGGCUGCUCUGCCGCUGCAGGAUCGAGUGGUCAUUGUAACCGGUGCCUCUCGGGGCAUCGGCCGAGCCAUCGCCUUUCACCUCGCUGCUCUUGGCGCCCGUAUUGUUGUCAAUUAUGUGUCAUCCUCGGCCAAAGCUGACCGUGUUGCUGCUGAGAUCAAUUCAUCCUCGGCCACCGGGAGUGGCCUACGAGCCAUUGCUUGGCGGGCAGAUGUGUCCGAUCCAGAGCAAGUGAAGUCGCUGUUUGACACAGCCGAGCAGAGAUUUGGCGCCCAAGUCCAUAUCAUGGUUAAUUGUGCUGGAAUUUCUGAUCCUACUUACCCUUAUAUCGCUGAUACUUCACUGGAGAUUUUUGACCAGAUUUUCAGUGUGAACACGAGGGGAAGUUUCCUGUGCUGCAGAGAAGCAGCAAACAGAGUGAAACGCGGCGGUGGGGGGCGGAUAAUACUGAUAUCAUCAACCGCGGUGGCAGCAGCAACAGCGGGAAUAGGGGCAUACACAGCAUCAAAGGCGGCGGUGGAGGCAAUGACGAAGGUGGCAGCAAAGGAGAUGAGAGGGAGCAAAAUAACAGUGAACUGCAUAGCGCCGGGGGCGACGGCGACGGAGAUGUUGUACGGAGGAAUGGAUGAGGAAGCAGUGAAGAGAGUGAUUGAAAAGUGUCCGCUGGGGAGGGUUGGGGAACCCAAAGAUGUGGCCUCUUUUGUUGGGUUCUUGGCGUCCGAUGAAGGCGAGUGGAUCAACGGUCAAGUCAUGCUCGUCAAUGGCGGCAUCGUCUAGCUUCUGAAAAUGGCGAACCCAUCAUCAGUCGUCAUUAUAUUAUUCUAAAAUUAGGCACCACCUACUAUGCUCGUUGAACAUUAAGAAACAAAAUUGUUACUU